AUGACAGAUAGUAAUACAGAAACAUUUUAUUCGUCUUCAAACUCUAUACUGGAACAUAUGAUGAGUGAGUAUAAUAAAAAUUCGAUUGAUGAAGAGCCUUCCAUUAAAGAGGACCAAUUUCAAAGAACAAUUGAUAUCUUAUCGAUAGAUGUUAAUAAAACAUUAAACAAUGGAACUAAAUCUAUAAAUAACCUUUCUGAACUACCAACAGAAGAUAAACAUUCAAUUGACUUGGUGAAUGAGGAAAACAAUACUAUUUCUAAACUUAAUUUAAACAAAAAUAUUGAAAAAGGUGAUAGUAAAUAUCAUUUUACACAGACAAAAGAUCUUAGUAGUGACAAAAUUCUUUUAAAUGAAAUUUAUUCUUCUGUUGACAAUAUACCAGAAAAAUUGCCCAUUAAUACUAAAUUAGAUAAUUAUCUUUUUACUAGAAAUAAUCUAAGCGAAAAAAAUUGUAUUGAGGCUACUAAAAUGAAAAAUAACACUACAACAUUAAAUUUUGAUAAAAAAAUAACAAAACCUAUUUCUAUAUUACCAGAAUUUUAUGAAAAAAAGAAUUUUGAUUCACCUAUAUCUACAUCUUCAUUAUUUUUAUCAAAUAACUCACCAACUGAUUCACAAUCAUCACCAGACAUUGAUGAAUAUGAUUUUGAGUGUUUAAUUGUCGAAAAUAAUAAUAUUUCAACAUCAUUAGAAAGCAUUAAUGAUUGUGAAAUUUCAAAUUCAAUACAAAAAUCUCAAUUAUUUGAUAAUAACACAAUGAUUAGAAGUAUGGGUGAUGAAAGCGUAAAUUAUUACAAUUUAGAAAGUAACCAAUCAAAUAGUGUAAAUAAUCUUAUUUUCGAGUAUCCAUCUUCUAAAGAUUCUCCAACAAACUCUGAGAAAGUGAAAACAGAAGAUAUCAUAAUUGAAAGGGAACGUGAUCCAUUAUCGCCAACAACAAUUCUUCCACCACCUUCUUAUAAAGAAGCUUGCCAAUUUUUAUUAACAAAAGGUGAAGAAGUUAAAAAAAAAGUAUUUACAUCACAAUUUGAAAAAAAUAUUUUAUUGAGAAGGAGUAGCUUAUUGAGGCAAAAUUCUAUUAGAUAUAAAAAAGGUGAUCCAAGAUCAAUUUUAUUUUUAUCUAAACAAAGUCGUUCACUUUCAAGAGAGGGUGUUUCUAAAUUAUUUAGAGGAGAAGAAGGUAUUAAAAAUUUGGAUAAAACAGUGUAUAAUAAGAGUAUUAAAUUGUCAAAGUCAUUUAAUAAAAUAGAAGAAAAUAAUUUGUUGAGUGAUUACAAAACGUCAAAACAUACCAUUUCAACAUCAGUUUUAGAGAAGGGUGAUUGUUUUGAAAAAAAUUUAGACAAAAUUUAUUGUAAUUUGUCAGAUUCAUUGAAAUCUAUCGAUUCUGUUACUGAUAAUUCUUUGUUUAAUAAUAUUGGGACCAUGGAGUCUUCUAAUGUAUUAAGUCAACAACAAGAAAGUAAUUUUAUUAUUGAAAGUCAUAGUGGAAUAUCUUUAAAUGAUGGCAAAGAUUCACUUUUAAAUCAGGAAAUAUUACAAAGUUCAAAAGAAGGAAGUUUUGAUUUUGAUGAUGUUGUUGAGUCAACACCUGUUUUGUAUGGACCUUCAUUUUCAUUAAGCAAAAUUAGUGAAAAUACAGAUUCAAUGGAAGAACCGGUAGAUAUUGCUCCAAAGUUUCAUACAGUUAAAGAAAGAUCUUGUGAAAGGAGAGGUUCAUUGUCUAUAUUUGGUGUUACACCACAUCGUCGUGGUAGAUCAGAAGAUAACACAUUUAUGAAUAAAGAUAAAACUAAUGUGCUUCCAUUUGACAAUGAUCAGGAGGUGUUUCUAGCAAACAAUCCAUUGGAAAGUGUUGAAAAUGUAGCGAUACGGGAUAGAUCAAAGAAUGGUCGAGAUGUAGUUGGAUCUUCAAGAGAAAGCAAAUGUAAAAGUCAAUUUUUGACGGUGGGAAAUUAUGGAAUUCAAUGUUUGUCAAAAAGUAGUACUGAUCUAACAGAUCUAGAAACUUCUAAAGAAAGUGAAUUGGAGUUUACAAAAGAAUUGGAGACUUCGUGUGAUGAUAUCAAUUUACCAGUAAUUCAAUCAACCACUUCACUAAUUGUUUCAAAAAAUGACAAAAAAGAUAAAAAAAACAAUAUGUCUAAGCGACAUGAUUCAUUAAAAGAAUUUAAUUUAACGGAGAAAGAAAAAGAGUUAGAGGAAAAUUGUAAAAUUAAUAAACUCAAAAAACCAUCUACAAAAUCUACUAAAUUUAGAUUGACAUCCAGUAUUAGUAAAGCAAAAAGCAAUGAUAAGGGUUCCAAAGGUAUAUUAGGCUCAUUGUUUGGUGGAAAAAAGAAAAGUUCAAAACCAUCCCUACAAGGUAUAUUUCCAAAUUCUGGACUUGGUUCAAAGACAAUAUCAGAAGCGACAUUUGAAUCAAUUAAUCAGAGUUGUAAUUUGAUUGUUGGUGAUCAAAAAAAAAGUUCCACACUCCCCAUUGAUGUUAUGAAAACAAAAAGUCAAGUUUCAUUUACCACAACAGAUGUAAUUAUGGGUAGGUUUUAUUAA